ACAACUACUCCAUGUCUCACUACUACUCCUCCAUGUGAGACAACAACUCCGCCAUGUGUGACCACAACCCCUCCAUGUGAGACAACAACUCCUCCAUGUCUGACAACAACACCUCCAUGUGUGACCACAACCCCCCAUGUGAGACAACAACUACUCCAUGUCUCACUACUACUCCUCCAUGUGAAACAACAACUCCUCCAUGUGUGACAACAACGACUUGUGUGACAACAACUACUUGUGUGACAACAACUACUUGUGUGACAACUACUACUUGUGCGACAACAACUCCUUGUCCUCCAGCAACAACUACCAAAGGUCGCAAACAGAAUGUGUCGUCUGUGACUAAUAGUCCUGUGUCAGGGGCUAAAAAGGUUUUGUCAGGAAGUCAAAAAGCUUUGACUGGAGCUAAAAAGGCUUUGUUAAAUUUGGUGAGCACCUCCACUGAAGAUUGUGAGCAGAGAGCGGAUGGCAUCUUCCUCCAGGAUGCGAACCAUUGUCGCCGAUUCUAUCAGUGUCGCGGAGGUAAGCGGGUGGUUCGUCGUUGCAAGUCGGGCAACUGGUUCGAUAUCCAGGCUGGAAAAUGCCGUCGUCGGAACCAGGUCAAGAACUGCCCUGCGAAGCGUAAUUGAUUUAUAAAAAGAAAGUAUUACAACACGCCUAGCCUAAAUUGUAAACCAAUUCAAAUAAAUCGCAGCUUAUUCAUACCCUAA